AUGGCUUCAGUGCCUCUGUUGCUGACAGUGUGUGUUGCUUUAGUGAAAUCUGCCUCCUAGCAAGAAAAGAAUAACAUAAUGCAUGUGAGAACAAAGAAUUUUGCUGAAAGGGCUAUUGCAAGACAUGAAGUCAGAGAAAUAGAACAACGUCAUACAGUAGAUGGUCCCCGACAAGAUGUGACAUUGGAUGAAGAAGAUGAUGUGGUGAUUAUUUACAACCGAGUACCCAAGACUGCCAGCACAUCCUUCACAAACAUUGCCUAUGAUCUUUGUGCGAAGAACAGAUAUCAUGUUCUACAUAUCAAUACAACCAAAAAUAAUCCUGUUAUGUCUCUGCAAGAUCAGGUCCGAUUUGUGAAAAAUGUGACUUCCUGGAAGGAAAUGAAGCCAGGAUUUUACCAUGGCCAUAUAUCUUACCUGGACUUUGCCAAAUUUGGUGUUAAAAAGAAACCAAUUUACAUAAAUGUCAUAAGAGAUCCUAUAGAACGACUAGUUUCUUAUUAUUACUUCCUGCGCUUUGGAGAUGAUUACAGACCAGGGCUGCGGAGGCGAAAACAGGGGGAUAAAAAGACCUUUGAUGAAUGUGUGGCAGCUGGAGGUUCCGACUGUGCUCCAGAGAAACUUUGGCUUCAAAUUCCGUUCUUCUGUGGCCACAGCUCCGAAUGCUGGAAUGUGGGAAGCAGAUGGGCUUUGGAACAAGCCAAAUACAAUCUAAUUAAUGAAUACUUCCUAGUGGGAGUUACUGAAGAGCUUGAAGACUUUAUCAUGUUAUUGGAGGCAGCUUUGCCCCGGUUCUUCAGGGGUGCCACGGAACUGUACCGGACAGGAAAGAAGUCUCAUCUUAGGAAAACAACUGAGAAAAAACUUCCCACAAAAGAAACUAUUGCCAAGCUACAACAGUCUGAAAUCUGGAAAAUGGAGAAUGAGUUCUAUGAAUUUGCACUGGAGCAAUUUCAGUUUGUCAGAGCACAUGCAGUUCGGGAAAAAGAUGGAGAAUUGUAUAUUCUGGCUCAAAACUUUUUCUAUGAAAAGAUUUACCCUAAAUCAAACUAAGAACUCCAUACUGUUAGAUUUAUGGACCUAAAUCUUUGGUCACAUCAUCAUCUUAGUCCUCAGCCAUGGAAACUAGAUUGCUUGUAGACCUCCAAGACAAUUCUUUAUAUGAGAAAAGUGAGCUGUGGAUCACAUCCAGGGCUUUGGAUAUGGCUGUGUUGGUAAUCCAGAAACAAAGGCUUCGUUUCUUUUACCUAACUAAUAUUUUCAGUUGGAGUCAAUAUCUUUAACCUGAAGAAAUCUACACUGUAAUUCGGAGCAAUUAAUACACAGCAGUUCUAUUUGAAAAUAUAAACAAACAAAAAAUGCUUCUGUUGAUGUUCUUUUUAAUUUUCAGAGCAAUUUAUUUUCAUUUAUACUUCUGUGAAGAGGAAAUCAUUUUCCCCAGCUUUCAACAUGGAAAUUUUGGUUGUAUACAAUAUGAGUAGUCUUAAUAACUGGUUGACAUCUGUGCUUUGUUUUUGUGAAUCACGUCACAUGAUAGUAAUUGGGAUGGUUAAUUAUGUUCUGCGGAGAAAUGCUGUGGCUGCUGGAAUUGCCCAUAUUUAUAUAUGUGGUUUUAUUAAAAAAUUACAACUACUCA